GGAACGCUGCCUAGAGAUUGUGGUCCAGAUGAAUUUCAAUGCACGGAUAAAUUGUGCAUACCCUUACGUAAAUUAUGCGAUGGGAUUUAUGAUUGCUUCGAUGGAAGUGACGAGCUCGAAGGCUGCGUGAAGAAUAAUACCUGUCCCGAGUUACAAUGCAAUAAUGGCGUUUGUAUUCUCUACGAGUGGGUCUGCGAUGGAACACCCGAUUGCCUGGAUAACAGCGACGAAAUGGAUUGCAAUGAUCGUGUAAUAAAGCCCCAGGAAUGUACCAACGAGAAGGAUCGUUAUUUAUGCAAGAACAGAAAAUGUAUUUUGCUGAGCAAAGUGUGCGACGAAAAAAAUGACUGCGGCGAUAAUUCCGACGAGGACAAAGUAGCUUGUGCCCGUG